UCGAUUAAAAAAUUAACUAAUUAAUUGCAGGUUUUUUCUGAAACUAAUCGCGAUUAAUCGCAAUUAAUCCCACCUAACAUUAAACUUUUUAAAUAUACUUUUAUAUUGUAAUAAUUUCACAUUUAAUGUUCAAAUGAAUGUAGAAAAAUGUCGUUUAAUGACAUCUUUUUUUAUUACUGAAGGCCAGUAUCACUGAUACCAAUAUUCUUUUUUUCCUAAUAUUUGACCAUUGCCAUUCAACAUUACAGUAUAAUUGAGAGCUAUCAAUUUUAAUAUUUAUUGGACUUUAAUAAAGUAACUUCUAAUUUAAGUGAACUUUAAACAAUCUUCACAUAAACCCAUUAUAACAAAUGUCAUAUUUAGCCACCUUUGCCCUUCAGCAAGUAGGACACAUGCAGAAAUUGAAUAAAGUUAUCAAACACUAAAUUCUAAAUUAAAUAUAGAUCAAUCCUUAAAGCUAUAGGCCUAAAUGUUAUGGAUUUCCUCUUUUUUUUCUUUUUUCUUUGAUGAACAGACAUCACAGCAGCUGGGUUAAUAGGUUAUUUUGGGUGCUGUUUUUUAAGAGCUGCCGCUGCUGAUAUGAUAAAGGCUACAGCUCGUUUGACUCGCGCCUGGCGCUGAGGUGAAGUGGAGUGCGCGUCUGAAACUUCUCCUGUUUGAUGUGCUCGUAAAGACUUUCUGUGACUAAAUAAAUACACUUCUUAGCAAGAAAAAAGAGACAGAGGCAGCAGUUAUGAGUGGGGUGGCCAACACUAGCCCCGCCCCUGCGUUAACGGUGUUAAAUAUUUUUAACACGUUAAACUGAAAAAAUUAAUCGCCUGCAUUAACGUGCUAAUUUUGACAGCACUAAUAUAUAUACAUAUAUAUAUAUAUAUACAGCUUUCCUGUAGCUUAAAUAGUAGAGCAUGGCGCUAGCAACGCCAGGAUCAUGGGUUCGAUUCCCAGGGAAAGCAAGAGCUGAUAAAAAAAAAAACUGUAAAAAAACUGUAACUUGAAUGCAAUGUAAGUUGCUUUGGAUAAAAGCGUCUGCUAAAUGCAUAAAUGUAAAUUAUAUAUAUAUAUAGUCCUAUAUAUAUUUAACAAUAAAAAUAGUCCAAUUAUCAAGAAAGGUCAUUGAAAAGUGCUAUUUCACUGUACUUCUACGCCAACAUUUAUUCAUUUUAAACAACUAUGGUUUCUGUUGGAGGCUGUAUUCACUCUCAUGUUGAGAAUAAGACAUGCUCUCUGUCUGAAUAGCUCCUCAUACAACAGUAAUCAUGUCUCAGAAAGGCAGGAUGGUUGUCAUGUGCUCCCCCAUCUCAUUUGGUGCUCUGGGUGUUGGAAUAAUUACAGUUCUCUCUGCCAAACCAUUCAUCUCUGCUCACUUACUGAAGACAGGAAAGAAAAUGGCCGAAUACACAUAGGUGUGUAGUAAUUGGGGACAAGCCGCUAUGCAAAAUUAAUCAGAAAACAAUUUAUUAAAGUAUGGCGUCCUUUAAGAUAGGUUUGAAGGGCAUAUUCUUGAUUAAAUAUUUAAUACUUAUCAAUGCUACUAUGAUAAUAGUAACAAUAAUAGGUAUACUUGUUAAAAAAAAAGGUCUGUUUCAAGCGUGUUCAAGCUUUUAGCGCCCUCUAGUGGUGAAAAUCUUUUUCAACGUUUCUUUUUUGAUCCCUUCGCUUUUUGGCCUCUUAAUUUUCCUCAUUCUUACUAUUUUUUUCUGUCUUUCCUUUAAAACACUUGUCGUUGUAUGUCGGUGUUGUCAGAAGAGAAAUCGUGAACAACUGCGAACUCAAAAACGUAAAUGUAAAAAUACGCAAAAAGAUAGACAGGCAGAAAUCUGACCGUGUCCCGCAGCCAUUUUUUUUUAGACUAUUUAAAGACUAUGGCCAGACACAGCAAGUUGAAUCUGAUAUUAUGUUCACUCAUAUUCAUAAUAUUUUGCAUUUACAGGCCAGUGGUUAUUCUGGAAAUUGGGGUGGCUGUUCUUGUGGCGGUGUUCUUCUUGGUCUACCUCGCUACUCGCUACAAUCCUCCGAAAGAUCCCUUGUUCUACGUUUUUGCAGAGUUUUCCUUCAUGUGUGUCAUUGACCUCACGAGCGCUCUAGAAUACGAUGGCUUCACGUCAGGGUUCAUGGAGUUCUACCAGAAAACGGGGGAGCCGUAUCUUGGCACGCCGUAUGCUAUCAUGAUGUGCUACUGGGAUGGUAUAGUGCACUUCAUCCUCUACCUGAUGCUAAUACACCGCAUGUCAAACAGGCAACAAUACCGCACAUUGGGUCUUUUCUGGGCUGGAUCGCUGUGUGCCAACAUGAUUGUGUUUGUACCUGGAAUCGUGGUUGGUAAAUAUGGCUCCGAGAUCCAUCCUGCCUUCUGGCUCAACAUGCCGUUUCUGUUGGUGCCCAUAUGGGGAGCAGUUUCCUUGUUCUCCAGGUCAAGGGAUAUGCCUCUUGUGGGAGCAUCCAAGGCGGAACGUGAGCAGAAAAAAGCCUUGAUCUGGCGCCCCCUGGAUCUUCUCUUCGUGGUUUAUCUAGUGGCCGCCAUGGGAUUCACUAUCUUUAGAGGAUUGGCCGUUCUUGAUUGCCCGUUAGAAAUCCUCAACAUAUAUGUGACAGAGUAUGAACCAUAUCUGAAGGAUCCUGUGGGCUUCCCCAAAGUUAUGAUGUUGCUGCUCCUGUUCCAUGCGCUUCCAAUGCUGGGUUCAUUUGCAUAUGGGCUUUGCACACCUGGCUGCACUUGGAUGCUUGAUUGGACGGUAUAUUUUGCAGGUGCCAUUUUACAGUGCCAGUGGUCUCAUAUUGGAGCGUCGCUGCACCCACGCACUGCAGAAAUGUACAGGACUCCCGUCACGACCCUGGCGCCCGUCCUCCUCCUCAACCUGCUGUAUGCGGCCGGUCCUGUACUGCUCGCCCUGCGUUGCAAACGAGAGCCGGACUACUUCCUCUCCAUCGCACCUGUGGGCCAAACUAACAAUGAGAAGAAAUUAAGUUAA